UAGAACUUAGAUAUAUAGCUUCAACAUGACUAGAAAAAAACCAAGUAGGUACGUAAUAUAUGUUCAAUAUCUAGUUGCCUAUAGGUACAACUAUAAAAGGAAGACAAUAGUGCAAAUAUCUUAAUCAAGCAAAGAAACAAUAUGAAGAAAUAUUGUAUUCCUACUAGUCAAAGCUUAUUAACAUUCUUGUUUUUCUUUUUUGCUUUUGUAGUGUGUUUGAGAGGUGAUGAAAAUGUAGAUGGAAGUAGCAAUGUUGUUCAAGGUUCAACAAAUGCCAACAAUUCCUACAAUAUUACUGGUGAUGUUAUCGAUAGAAAGGAUACGAAUAAGGGAGGUGGAGGAGGAGGAGGAGGUCGUGGUGGUGGUGGACGUUGGUGGGGUGGUGGAGGUGGAGGCGGAGGUGGAAACGAUGGUAAAGGAGGAGGUGGUGGUGGUGGUGGCGGGGGGUGGGCAUGGGGAUGUAGGAAACAAAAAGAGCAUAAUAAUCAUCAUAAACAUUUGCAUAUGAACAAUGAUCAAGAUUACAAAAUAGGUGAAUUUGCACAAUGCAUGGUUAAAAAUAGAUGCAAAGGGAUGCGUUUGGAUUGUCCUCUUCAUUGUGGAGGACCUUGUUAUUAUGAUUGUAGACAUAUGUGCAAAGCUCAUUGUCGUCGUGCCUAAAGGUUUUUCUCGUCAAUUGAAUGAAUCUAUUAAGUCAUCAAGAAUAAUAUAUGUAGCAGCAAGAAUGGUGCACCAAUCACCUAUUUAUGGUUCUCACUUGGGAGUCAGAACGAACGGCUGCUAUCUAUUGUACUAUGUUAUUUUUGCUAUAGUGUGUGGUAUUAAUUUUGCUAGAAAUUAAGUGUACGGAAAAUUGGUAGACUCAUUGAGAUUGGGUUGUAAAUUAGUACUAGCAAGUAUUGUGUUUUACAAUAUGGUUUUUUUAGCUCUCUAAAUUUGAGGGCUAAAAGUUCUCUUUUAUUUUUGA